CGGGGGCAGGGAAGGAGUGCCACCUCCACCCUCUGACUCACCUCAGUGGGCCACCCAGCCUUUGGGUCAGCAUCAACAUUUGCCAUGGCCGUGCCGAUUUCCACUCCUGACAGCCUCCAUGCCUAGUGCUGGCUCCUCCCCAAGAGACCACCGCAUGCUCCUUCCCCCACCCUGAAAACAUGAUGGGAGAGGGGCAGGUAUUGGCCCUGCCCUAAUGGUGCAACCUCGCUGUGAAGUAGAAGCAGCCCAUUGCUGAGGAAGCCUUGGCUGUGCCACUGUGCUGGUGAAAGGUGCUGGUUCUGACGGCCCUGGAAAUUGAAGUCCUCAGUUUGAACAGCUCCCUGCACCUUCAAGCAAAGCCAGAUGAAGCUGCAUCACUAUCUGUGUCAAGCAUCCAGCCUUUCUCUCUCCCAGAGGGUAAACAGUACAGAGGAGUGGGAGAACUAGCAUAUAAACUUCAGGCAAAAACAGGUGGGUGUAGAUGCAGCUCAGGAUGGAUGAAGAGGCAGCCUGAGGUCUGAAGGAGCGGUGACUAGGACCUGCUGUCUCGGUUGCAGUUGGAUGAUCUCUGGAUGCAAGGAAGAGAAAAUCGACAGUGUGUCCAUGACAUGAAGCCUCAGGCUGGUUGGCUGGUGUUCCUUGUUCUGAGUCUGGUUCCUCUUUGCCUUCCCAUCCCUUUGCGGGACUACCUGAUGGAGCAGGAGAACGUCCGCCGUAUUGGCGGCAACCUGUUGCUGGGGAUGCGGGAACAGCAGGUCAAUGAGUAUCUAAUAAGCCUCAAGGAGAAGGAAGUGGCCAAGGCCUGGAAGGAUGGAAAUUUCCCACCCAGCAUGCACUUCUUCAGGGCCAAAGCCUUCAUUGAUCAAAGUGCAGUGUUCAGCAUCUUGAAACGUAUGCCGAAAGGUGCUGUCUUACACCUGCAUGACUUUGCAAUAUUGAGCGUGGACUGGCUGGUGUACUAUGCCACCUACCUACCUGACUGCUACAUCUGCUUCACCCAUGCGGGUACUGUUCAGUUUAAGUUUUCCAAGCCUCAACCACCCAGCCCAGUGCCACCGAACUGCUCAGAGUGGGUGUUGCUAGAGACUUACCGGAAGCAGCUGCACAACAUCAGUGAGUUCGAUAACAGUUUGCUGAAGAACCUGACCCUGGUGACUGACAACCCUGAGGUGGCAUACCCAACGCAGACUUUAAUUUGGAGCAAAUUUGAGAAUACCUUUUUGACUGCUUCUGGCCUCAUCUGCUAUGCACCUGUGUUCAAGGCCUAUUUCUAUCAGGGGCUGUUGGAGCUCUAUGAGGAUAACAUACAGUAUGUCGAGAUAAGAGCUAUAUUGCCACCGGUGUAUGAACUGGAUGGGACCCAACACAAUGAAUCCUGGUCUGUGGCAACGUAUCAGGAGGUGACGAAGCAGUUUGUUAAGGAUCACCCUGAUUUUAUUGGAGCAAAAAUUAUAUUUACAGCACACAGAAAGCAGAACGUUACCGAGAUUAAAAAAGCCGUCAAUAAGGCCAUGGACCUCCGAGCCAUGUUCCCAAACACUGUGGCAGGAUUUGACCUGGUUGGGUAUGAGGAUGCAGGACACUCUCUGUGGGACUUGAAGGAUGCCCUGACCAUUCCACACUCCCAAGGAGUCAAUUUGUCUUACUUUUUCCAUGCUGGUGAGACUGACUGGCAGGGCACCUCUGUAGACAUCAAUGUGCUCGAUGCUUUGCUGUUCAAUACCAGUCGGAUUGGCCAUGGAUUUGCUCUCAUUAAACAUCCAGUAGCCAAGAAUUUGUCCCUUAAGAUGGAUGUUCCUAUAGAACUCUGCCCAAUCUCCAACCAGGUCCUACUGUUAGUAGCAGAUUUGAGGAACCAUCCUGCUGCUGCGUUGAUGGCAGAGGGACACCCCAUGGUGGUUAGUCCAGACGAUCCAUCUAUCUUUGGAUCAAAGGGUGUGUCGUAUGACUUCUAUGAGGUGUUCAUGGGCAUCGGCGGGAUGCACGCUGACCUGAGAACUUUAAAACAACUGGCACUAAACUCUCUAAAAUACAGCUCCUUGCCACCAGAGGAGAAAGCCCAGGCCAAACGGGUCUGGCAGAAAAAAUGGGACCAGUUUAUUGCUGACCUCUCCAAUGCUUUUCCAAGGGAGCUGUAGUGGGGAGGAGGCUCCUCUAAUGUCUGCGCGGUGGAGGGAACUGGGGCUACUGCUAAUGCAGAGAGAAUUAUUUUUCUAUGUCACUUGAGCAAACAGCGCUCAAGCUGUGGCCUGGAGCUGGGUGAUUUUGGCCAAUUAUAGUUAAUAGCAAUUGCCCACACCUCUAUGCAUUAAUGUCUUUGGGUGCAGGUGAAGCAGAGCAGUGAGCCUUUAAAACAGAAGCAGAAAAUGCUGUAAAUGAUCAAUAUAACUAAAGUCAAAAUACCAUUAAAAUCGUGAAGUGCUUACUCACUUUUUAAUUAUUGUGAAUGGGAGUUUUCCCUGAGCAAGGACUUCAUGAUUUUGCCUCACAUCAUUAUAAAAUAAAUAUCUCCUCAGGAAACGGCUAGUACAAACAUCCCACCAUCGGAGCCCCUUGACUUUCACGAGGGCAAGGAUUGAAAGCGAUUCUUGUCUGAGAUCUGUGAUUGGUUAUGUUUGACCCUGGGCCCAGUGCCAAAAUAGUACUGCUAGACUGAGGAACCAGGUCUAAGGUCUGACAUCUCAAGAUGUAAGGGCUAGAAACAAGCUGAUGGACCUCUACAAAUGCUUUCAAAACUUGUAUACUUUAUUAAGCAGUGAUCAGCAAAGAAUGCAAGCACUGAUUGCUGAAAGGAGAUGCACUUCAUUCUGGGACCCACCUUUGUAGGGAUUUCAAUACACUUUUCAAUUGGAAAAGAACCCCUGACUUCAAGAGGUAUCUCUCAGAUCCAUAUUAAAUAAAGCACCGAUCCAGCACUGGAAUCUACUAGUAUAGGCCCCUGCACCCAUAUGAAGUACUCUUGAUUUCAAUGGGAUUCAACGUGUACUGGCAGAUCCCACUGCAGGAUCUGGUCCCAGUGUGCCUUCAGUGAGCCCCUGAGUCCAUAGCAAUCAGAUCUCCGAUGUAUCAAAGAAUUAGUCCCUCGAUAUGGCUUCAGUACAGUGCCAGUGGCAUUCACAGUUAUCAGCUCUGCAGAAGAAAGACAAAGCAGCAACAGCACAAUUUAAAUAGUAACUAGAUAGAGUCCUUUGAAAUAACUGUGACAAAAACUACAGAAGUAGAAGUGAUUGUGCCAGGAUGAUUUCAGGUCUGACAGUUUUGAAUAGGAAAGACUUAAAAAAAUUCUGAUUCAGAUGUUGGCUGUCUCAAUUAAAUGGAUUUAGCAAAAUCCUUCAAUAUAAGAGUUGUGGGGUCAGAUCCUUAGCUGGUGUAAAUUCACAUAGAUCUGUUGACUUUAGUGGAGCUACACCAAUUUACUCCAGCUCAAAGUCUGCUCUGGAGACUUUAAAAUGUUCUUAAAAUUGGUCCCAGUUAACGGAGUAUUUUUCUCCAAUGCAUAAGACUUGGUAGACCUGUCAUUUCCAGGUCUGUCCACCUCAGGUUAAUUACCUCAUAUACUAAUUAUCCUGAGCUGUCUGACCAAAGUGUUUAUUUUCACUAAUCUCAGUCACAAUGCUUCAGUAGAGCACAAAUAUAUUUACCACAAUAAGUGGUUCAUCUGUAUUGUGUGCAUUUUAAAUAAUCCAAACUCCAUGGAGCGUAUUUUUGUGUAUGUAUAUUCCUAUGCAAAAAAGAUGGUUAAUUUAAGGUUGCUAGACCACACAGCCCACCAAUGCAAACCAUAAAAAAUACAGAAGUAAGCAAUGAAGUCCAUUUAACAUACCAUCUACACCUCACUCAUCAGUUCCUUUCUCAACCACAACUGCCUCCAUAUCAUAACCCACAGCCUGCAUAUCUCUACCCUCCUCCUGAACAUCCAAUAGCCACUCUUAAACUCCAAUCAAGUUUUAUUGGUUAUAUGUUCACAUUUUCAUUAAUAUGGGGUUAUUGUGACUCUCAUAAGUGAUAGAGUAUUUCAUUCCGUAUUGAUGUGAGUGAGUUAUGGCACCACAUCACAAACACUGGCUGUGAAACAUGCUUUUAUUGUAAUAUUUGGGGAAACUGACGUGAAAAGGGUAUAUGUGUUAGUGACUAGUCUAAAUUUAGGUCCUUCUGAGCAUGCUCAGUGGAUUUCAGUUUGCUGCAUGUGAGUGGAGAAGGAGCCUGUAUUCACCAGUGAGUUGGGACUCCCUUAGGUGUGAAUCUUUGAUACAGGGGUGUAAUAAAUGAGGGGGGAGGGGUGGCUCCCUUUUAUGGACACCCAGCCAGCUAGUAGCUAUAAAAUCCCUCUUAGUAGCUGUUCUCUAAUUGCUCUACCUGUAAAGGGUUAAAAAGUCUCACUGCUAUGCAUAGGUAAAAGGAAGUGAGUGGGCACCUGGCCAAAAGAGCCAAUGGGAAGGCUAGAACUUUUUUAAAUUGAAAAAAAAAAAAAAAGACUCCACUUUUGUCUGUCUGUUGUUCUCCCAGGGAGAGGCGGAUAGGGUAGCAGUUAUGCUGUAAGAAGCUUGGGCCAGGUAUGAAAAAUCAUCAGUAUCAUACCUAGAAACUACUCAUUUAAAACCCCAGAUAUGUAAGUAGAUCAGGAAAUGUCUAGGAAGAUGUGAUUAGGUUUAU